UAUUUGGGAUUUUCACUAUGAUUGACAUUUUUAAGACCAUGACGUGAUUUAUGUUUAUUUUGGUAUCUUUUGACUAAAGUCGAGAGUAUUUUGAAGUAGAAACAUACCUCAAUGGGUAAUAAUCCAGCCAAGAGUGAGCCCCGUGUUUUUAAUGGGGAAAAGAACCUCAACAAAGUGACAGCAACCACUGAAGCUGAGUUAGAAUCGGAAAGUUUCCUCAAUGAUAAGGUUAAAAUACUUCCAUCUCAAGAUUAUUCCUUUGAACCAAAUCCUAUAACAACAAAUCAAGUUCAACGAAAACAAGCAAAGCGAAAUGUGGUUAAAAGAGUCCUAUACCGGAAUGCUCUCUGUGAACAGUAUGUCAUUGCUGCGAACCAUAAUGGUUUGAACACUGAUUUGGUAGAAUUUAUCGACGAGAACGCAUCGAAGGUACCACGGAUAGCACUUAACAGUUUUAGGGAGCUAAGGGAUUAUCUAAAAGAACCAAUACCAAACCAUCCAGACAGUGACAUUCUACUGAUCAGGUCCUUUAUUAUUUGGUUGGCAGAUGAAUUGGGUAAUGAUACAGUUGAGGAUCUAGAGCCACCUCCAUCUUCUCCUCUGUCAUACAGAUCUGCUGAAGGACAAGGAAGGACCCCGGAUGUAUUGGUUAGACUUUUACGGCAACAUAAAACUACAUGCACCACAAUAUUUAUCUUAUUAUGUUGGGCUGCUGGUAUUAAAUGUGACAAGAUAAGUGGUGUCUGUAGGAGUGACGAUGGAAAUAAGUUACUUCCUUGCGCAUGGGUAGCAGUUUUUAUUAAAGACACGUGGCAGCUUGUUCACCCAUAUCGCAUCUGUCGAACACUAUCAGGGAAUUUACCAAAAGACAUGCUCAAAUCUUACACUGAAAUCAAUUCCGAUACAAAUGAGAUAAUAAAGAAAACAUUCUUAGAUCAUUAUGUAUUGUCAAAUCCAGAACAUUUUAUCUUCGAAUGCUUCCCUGAUGAGGAAAAAUGGCAGUUACUCCUUGAACCAAUUACACAAGAACAGUUCUUAGACCAUGACAUGUUCUUGCCGCCUUGGUGGAGAACGGGUUUAAAACUUACUACCCAUUUAAGCCAUCGGAUAACAUGUGACGAUGGCAGAAUUACGCUUGGUUUUAUGGGAACAUACGAAUCAGUAUAUGAAUUGGUACUAUGGUAUAAUUUGGAGCUGGUUGAGACAGACUUGGAUUCAAAAAUUGAAAAUGAUAACUUUUUACAAAAGUUUGUUUAUCUUAUAAGAAACGAAUCAACAUGGACAUGUGAUAUACUGUUUCCUUAUACUGGUACAUACAAACUUGUAUUUUAUGCCGGUAAAUAUGGCGAGCCACUACUUAAAGUACUUGCGUUUGAUAUCGAUUGCAAUGUUUGUCAUCCUGACCCUGUUCCGCUUCCGAUUAAUACUAGUGCUAUUGGCCUGGGACCUGGUCCUUUCAUGUACUUCUCUGGGCUAUCUCAUCCAUCAUAUAGAUCUGGAAUACUGCACAUCGAUUUGAGCAGACAUUUCCAGAUUAAAUUCCGGAUAGAUAAUAGAAUGUCUGAUUUAAGUUCCAUAAAAGCAAAUGUGUUGUCUUCAGAAGCAACAUCGAACCAUUCCGAGGAUUACGAAGUGACCAAUGAACUAACCCAGUGUUGUUUAAUACAAAGGAGAACAUACAAAGAGGUAGUGAUUGACGUAUUCCCACCAGAAACCCCAGGACAGUACAUAUUGCAGAUUUGUACUGAAACGAAUGGAUAUUUAGAAUCGGAGACAAAAACAGCAUGUUACUACCUGUUGAUCUACGAUGAACUUCCUUUGCAAGAAUCGCACGAAAACUGUGGUAUCAGAACAGCUCGUAAGAUGUUAAACGCAUCAAUAGAAGGCAAGAACGUCAACGAAAUAUUAUUCCGUAUUCAGGACUGUGCCAGCAAGAAAAUAACAGAGGUUGACCUAGAUGUUCAGAGAGCUAGAGGAAAAGCUGCAAUUCUCAACAUUAAACAAAAAAAACUACACAGAGGUCGAAAAGUGGCUGUCGAUCCACGGCUGCAUCAUUCGAACAUAGUAAGACAAUCGGAAUAUGAAGCAAGAUUACAUAGACUUAUAAAUCUUCUAGAAAGACUGCUCUACUACCUACAGCAUGGUGAUAGCUCAAAAACAUGGGCAACUGUGAGCAGACCACAAUCAGUGAACAAGGAAACAGUCGAAAAGACUGAAACAGUUAAUCAAACAGUAAAUCUGCUGCUUACGUUAUUCAGCAAGUCAGAAGAGAAGGAAAAGGAUACUGUUUAUUUGAUUGAAGAACUCUCGAAAGACCUUAAACAGCAUGGGUUUAUUCUUUUACCAGAAGACAUUAGACGGACGAUGGAUUUAAUGGAAGAGUUCACAUUCAACCAUAGAGUAAAGAUUGCAUCAGACAUAUUCAAAUGUGUUAACGAGAUAGUAACAUUGCUGAUAAGUGAAUGGAAUGCGUUAGAAAGAUAGUCAUAUUGAAAGAGGAAACACCAUGACUGAACGGCAAAGCUGUUAUUUUUGUUUCCGUUUUGUAGCUCACCUACAUUAAACUUAUUAUGUAUUCAA